CCCUUUCCUUCUAUUUCUCGAGCGCGCUCUCCUUCGAUCAGCGAAGGCCGCGCAUUCGGAUAGGUUGUGUUUAAACAAAAUGUCUCGUGUUUAUGUGGGAAAUUUAGAUCCACGAGUGAAUGAGAGAGAUUUGGAGGAUGAAUUUCGAGUAUAUGGAGUUAUAAGAAGCAUUUGGGUUGCUAGAAGACCACCAGGUUAUGCUUUUAUCGACUUUGAUGACCAUAGAGAUGCUCAAGAUGCAAUUCGUGAUAUGGAUGGUAAAAAUGGAUGGAGGGUUGAGUUGUCUCACAACUCGAAGGGCGGCGGCGGCGGUGGUCGAGCAGGUGGCCGUGGUGGUCGUGACCGCCAAGGUGGAUCUGAUUUGAAAUGUUACGAGUGUGGAGAGCCUGGUCAUUUUGCUCGUGAGUGCCGCUUGCGCAUUGGCCCUGGUGGACUAGGGAGUGGACGUCGCCGCAGCAGAACCCCUCCUAGAUAUCGUAGAAGUCCAAGUUAUGGUAAAAGGAGCCCCAGCCCUCGGGAGAGGUCACCACGCCGCCGGAGCUACAGCCGAUCACCCGCUCGCGGCAGGAGCUACAGCCGUUCCCCACCUCGAAAGCGCAGUUACAGCCGCUCCCCCGCUCCCCGUGGCCGAAGCUACAGCAGAUCCCCAGCUUAUGCUAAUGGGAAUGGUGCUGAUGCUUAGGAUGGCGAACCCGAAAGUCCAAAUAUUGUCUGAUGUCUGCUUUCUCUUAAUGUUGUCAAACUUGACUGAACAAGGUUCAUUCAGUUCUGUCCUGUCUUUAAUAUUUGCUAUUUUGUUAUUGUUAGUGUGCUAAACCAGAAGAUUUGCUUUGAAUGUCAUCAAGACUUAAAGUAACAUUUUCAUUUCUC